UCCCCGCCUCGCUCCUGCUCCUCUUCCCGCUCCCGCCCCGCUCCAGACACAGUCCCGCUCGCGGUCCCGUCUCGAGUGGAGGGGCAGGAUGUGCGAUCCGGCCGUGUCCAGUUUCCUCACCCAGACGCUGUGUGCCCAUGGCGGGCGGCUGGGGUUGCAGGAGCUGCAGGAGAACAUCGGGCUGUCGACACUACAGCUGCAGGACACGCUGUCGGCGGCGGGCCCCCGGCAGUUCCUGGUGCUGGAGGGCGGCCUGGCGGUCCUUGCCGUGACGGACGUGCGGGUCUGUGUCCGCAAGGAGUGCGACGGCUGCGAGCGGCUGCACCUUUGCAAGCUGCACCUCAUGGGCAGGUGCUACGUGAGCUCUUGUAAGUACUCGCAUGACAUCAUGAAUGUGGAGAACAAAAAAGUUCUAAAAAAACAUAAUUUGUCUGGCCUCAGUGAGAAUGAGCUGCAAGUCCUGCUUCUCCAAAACGAUGCAUUCUUCCUCCCUGAUACCUGCUCCUUGUACAACAAAAAAGGUCACCACUGUAAGCAGCAAAACAACUGCAACAAGCUUCAUGUUUGUCGACACUUUCUCCAUGGGAAAUGUAAAUUUCCUCGAUGCAUAAUGUCCCAUAACCUCUUGGAUGGCCACACAUUGAGAGUGUUGGAAACUGGAGGCAUUGACGCAAAGAUAGCUUCAAACUUCCAGGCUAUAUAUGAUUACAAGCAUGUUGAAUUCAACAGGGAACCGAGGAAGGGGUAUGUACUCAGCUACAGACCAUUGGAUCAUUGGAAAAAGCCAGCAAAAGAAACAAAGACAACUUUGCAAACAGUGCAAACCAUGCUGCAUGUGCCACCUUCCGAAGGUCCCAGUAGCACCGUACCUGCUCAGAACCGAGACCAGUUGCCAGCAGGAGCAGGAGAUAAAGGUCCCAGUAGCACCGUACCUGCUCAGAACCAAGACCAGUUGCCAGCAGGAGCAGGAGAUAAAGGUAAAAAGGACAGUUCCUCUGAUGAAACUUCAAAGGACAAGAAAAAAGAUAACUGUGAUGAGAUCUGUUUAUUCUAUGUCUGGAAGUACUGCAAAAACAAGGAUAAAUGCAAAUCUGUUCAUUACCGUUUGCCAUAUAAAUGGGAGAUACAUGAUGGGUUGGACUGGCAUGAACUUCCCAUGAUGGAGGAAAUUGAAAAGGCAUAUUGUGACCCAAAGAACAGCAGCUUGCCAAGUAGGAACAUAAAUUUCCAGACAAUGACCUGCUCUUCUUCUUUGGUUCGACGCCUCUCUACACCAUCAUCAGUCACAAAACCAACAUUCGUACUGACCACACAGUGGAUUUGGUACUGGAAGAACAACCAAGACAGGUGGAUUGAAUAUGGAAAACAGGAAGAAGAGAACAGUGUGACCUCACCAUCUUCUGCUGUUAUUGAGAAUUUGUAUCAAGCAGAUCCAUGUGCUGUUGUAUAUUUCCCAGCUGGCGAACAUAAAUAUGAACUCAAUUUUAAAGAAAUGACUCAGACAAACACUGCUUUUAAAACUCGAAGACAGGUCUGCAGGCGACCAAAGUUUGUGUCUUCUGAAGAUGUGCAUAAGAUAAAGACAGGCAGCCAAGGGGAUUCUUCUAUUCCAAAUCAGACCUGCCCUAGUCACUGGGAUGCAUCUGCACUGCCUGAAUUGGGAUACAAGGCAGUGGUGAUCAGCAAUGCAACCUCUGAAUACAAUGGAAUAAAGCAGCAGUUUCAUCAGACUAUGAAAAAUUACAGCAUCCUUAAAAUACAGAGGAUUCAGAAUCCAUCCCUCUGGAAGGUGUUUCAGUGGCAAAAAGAGAAGAUGAAAAGGGAAAAUGGAGGAAAGGAAGUCCAGGAAAAACUCCUGUUCCACGGAACUGAUGUCACCUCCAUGAAAACGAUCUGCACUCAGAACUUUGACUGGAGAAUUUGUGGAAGCAAUGGAACUAACUACGGGAAGGGAAGUUACUUUGCUAGAGAUGCUUGCUAUUCCCACACCUACUGUCAGGCUACGCCACAGGGACGCAUGAUGUUUGUGGCUCGCGUUCUGGUUGGAGACUACGUUAAAGGCAACGCAACCUACGUCCGUCCCCCACAGAAGUGUGCUGACAAGAUGUGGUUUUAUGACAGCUGUGUGGAUGAUGAGUUAAAUCCUUCUGUUUUUGUUGUCUUUGAAAAACACCAGAUAUACCCUGAGUACAUAAUAGAGUAUAAAGAGGAGAGAGUAAGAGAGCAGAACGAGGUGGGAAUAAGAGCAUAUAGAGAAGUGGGAAUAAGAGAGCAGAAAGAGCCAGGAAUAAGACCAUACAAAGAGGCAGGAAUAAGAGCAUAUGGAGAGAUGGGAAUAAGACAGCAGAAAGAGGCAGGAAUAACAGCAUAUGGAGAGGUGGGAAUAAGACAGCAGAAAGAGGCAGGAAUAACAGCUUAUGGAGAGGUGGGAAUUAGACAGCAGAAAGAGGCAGGAAUCAGAGAGCAGAAAGAAGCAGGAAUAAGAACAUAUAGAGUGGAGGGAAUAAAAGAGUGUAAAGAGGAGAGAAGAAAAUGUGUUAUAUCUUAGAGGAACAUGGCAGUUUGUAUCCCUCUUCUUUCUUUUUAGUACAGUUCUUUGGGAUGUUAAUCCAAACAGUUUUUGCAUUGAGGAGGGCUGGCAAAGCAGAUGUUACGUUUGUUGCAAGUGCCUUUCUUCUCUUCCUCUUAAAUGAAGCAUAAACAUUUCGGUAAACUUCGAAGGAAAAUCAAAAUUGUGGAAUGGGAAAUUGAAUGUUAUGACUGCUGUGGGCAAAUAAUUAUAAAUGCAUAGUCUAAAAAAAUAGAAUUUAUUUUCACAAACAGUUAAAAGAAAAAUUAACAGUACAGUAGUUUUUAAGGAAGCUUUCUGGUUUUUAGUAGCCAGAGAUUCUUUUUAGUGCAAAAUUCAUCUGUUCUUGAUCCUCUCAUCUAUCAUUAUUAUAAACAAUUCAGUGUAGGUAAUAAUGACUUGAGUUUGUUUUCAAAGCACUGCUUGUUAAUGCUGGUACAUGUUUCGAGUUAAAACGGUAAACAAAAAAGAAAAAGCGUAUUUUCAGUCCGUAUUGUUAGUUCUCGAUAAUUUUCAUCUGUACAAUGGCAGAUGGAACAGAAAGUUGUUGAAUCAGAUUCUUUGUGGAAAUUUGCAGUAACUUGCUGUAACCUAUACAAAAGCAGAGCUCAACUGAAACUGAAAGCCACCACAUGUGAGUAAGCAGACACCAAAAUUUGGUGGUUUGGCUGCAACUAAUGACUGUAAGGACACAAAGGCUGUGUCCCAACAAGCCAGGCUUUCCAGUGGAUGUGGCUCUGUAGCGCAAUAGGACAGGAGAAACUUCUUAAGGAGCAUAGAGAUAUUCUGUCUUGUUUUUGCAUUAAUUUUCGUUUUUCCAGACAUAGAAGGGGACUGAAAGAGACCAGUUAGGUUCUUUCAAGGCCAGUGAUAGUACUGCUGUCCUAAGGUACCAUCUGCAUGUUCUGCUGCCUGCUUGCGUGGGGCAGGGUGCUGACAAGUGAGGAACCUCUUUGUGUGUGGGUGAUCCAGGGUCAGAAACCUGUGCAGUUUCUACUGGAUGCUAGCAGGGAGCCCGUAAGUGGAUCAAACUGAAGGCCCUCUGUACAAAAUGCCAUAUUCAGGCUGUUUAGCUGUUCAGAGUGAAACUGUGAGUGAGGACAGAGGAACAGUAUUUUUUACCUUCAGAUAAGCUUUACAGAAACAUCAACAGCAUCUAAGGUUUUUGCAUAUGUGAUACAAAUAUGUCAGCCACUUCAAAGAUAGCGCCUUCUUUCCAAGAACAGAAAAGAUAAAUCCAGAAAAUCUUAUUAAAACUACUUAGAACUAAAUGAAAACAUGCGUGGAAGAUUUUAAGACUUUGUAAUACCUCUCUUUCUCUUGCUUGCCUGUAGAGUUCCUGAAUUACUAAGCUUGUGGUAUUUGCAAAUAAAACCUGUUUUCAGGCA